AUGGGGUUGGAUGUGCUCGUCAAUGCCUUCCCGUCUGCAGAAAACAUUGCUAGAUUCAAUGUAGAGCAGUCCCAAAAAGGAUGUCCGUACUCGCUGCUCCAAGCUGAGCUUAAGCACAAGCGGGAAAAGCGACUCUUUGUCGAUACGAUGAAGAAGCCCAUCGAGGUUACUGGAAAACAUGCUUUCGUUCCACCAAACUUCGAAGCUGGUGACCAGCGAGGUCCUUGCCCGGGUUUGAACGCCUUGGCAAACCAUGGAUAUAUUCCACAUAACGGAGUCACAACUACAGCGCAAGUUAUCUUUGCUAUCAAUGACGUAUAUGGAAUGGGCAUCGACCUUGCGACUAUUCUUGGAGUCUUGGGAACAGUGUGGGUUGGGAACCCAAUCUCCCUGACUCCGGGAUUCAGCAUUGGAGGGCCGACUAACCAGUCUGAAAAUAUUCUUCACGAGAUUCUUGGAUUGAUUGGCACCCCGCAAGGGCUUAUCGGGUCUCACAACAUGAUCGAAUCAGACUCUUCCAAUACGCGGGAUGAUCUAUAUUCCACAGGAAACGCCCAUACCCUCCGAAUGGAUAAGUUUAUGGCUUGGUACAACAUGUCUCGAGAGCACCCAGUCGGAGAUUAUAACAUGGAUAUCAUGGCACGACGUGCAGCGGACAGAUUCCAAGAAAGCAAAUUUGAGAACCCCUAUUUCUACUAUGGCCCUGUUACCGGUUUGAUCAACCGCAACGCUGGGUAUAUUUUCCCUGGUCGACUAUUCAGGAACCAUUCCCGCGAAAACCCUCAGGGUACUUUGACAAAAAACAUUAUCAAGAGCUUUUACGGUAUUUAUGGCGAAGAGGACUGUCUCGAGUACAAGGAAGGCUGGGAAAAGAUUCCAGAAAACUGGUAUCGCACUCCAGUUGACUUCGGUUUAAUCCAGUUCAAUCUUGAUAUCAUUGACUGGGUACUUAAAUAUCCCGAAUUGGCAAGCAUUGGCGGUAACCUGGGUAAAAUCGACUCUUUUGCCGGCCUUGACCUGGGAAAUCUCACAACAGGCAUCGCCAACAUCGGCCACGUUUUCGAGGGCAACAAUCUCAUCUGCUUCCUGCUUCAGAUCGUCAAAGCCUUCGCUCCAAACUCUCUAUCUAGCACCAUCGCCACACUCGAAGCCCCUCUAAAGCUCCUAACCGAGACCCUCAAUGUUCCCCUCCUUGAUCUCGACUGCCCUGCGCUGGCUGAUCUAACCAAGGGCGGCAAGCCUAUUUGGGAUGUGUUGCUGGAUACGUUCCCCGGUGCAAAGAAGGGAGGAACUCCACUCUGA